AUGGACAUAGAGUGGUUGAAAUCUAUUACAAACUUGCCAAUUCUGAUCAAGGGAGUACUCACUCAUGAAGUUAUGGGAAAGAUCAAUUUGUGUAAAAAGGAAAAAGCAAGAAAGGCUGUGGAAGUAGGUGUUGCUGGGAUUGUUGUCUCCAACCAUGGAGGCCGCCAACUAGAUUAUACUCCCACCACCAUUUCUGUCCUGGAAGAGGUAGUUGAUGCUGUUGGAGGAAAAGUUCCUGUUCUGCUUAAUGGAGGAGUAAGGCGAGGAACAGAUGUGUUCAAGGCAUUAGCCUUGGGUGCACAAGCUGUCCUUGUUGGAAGGCCUGUAAUCUAUGGCCUUGCAGCAAACGGAGAACGCGGCGUGAGACGGGUUAUCGAAAUGCUGAAAGAUGAGUUUGAGCUCACUAUGGCCCUCUGUGGCUUCCCUGGUGUUAUGGAUGUUACCAGGAGCCAUGUGAGAAACUCCACUCCAUGCUUUAAUUUGUUUUAG